AUGAUGAAAUUGUCGUCCUCGAGGGUUCGAUCGGCCGGUCUUAUAUUUUCAGGGAUCUCGUUUGCUCUGGGGUUCUGGUUGUUGUUUGGUGGUUGGAGCCGCGAACUGGUGGGAUUUCACAUUCCGUACAACCGCACAGACUCACCCUCACCAGCACAAUCACAAUCACAAUCACCAUCACCAUCGGGAGACCAUCCGAUCGAUCAACUCAUCAGAAAUGCCGACGCCGAAUGGCGCUCGCUGCUGGAGAAGGAGGCCCAAACUUUCGAGGCGGCCACGGGGGAAUAUCGGCGGCGUCGGGGUCGACAUCCACCACCAGGCUUCAAAGAGUGGUUCGAGUUUGCGCGAUCCAUGGACGCGCUCAUUAUCGAGGACUUUUUCGAUCGGAUUUAUGAUGAUCUGAAUCCAUUUUGGGGCCUCCAACCGAACGAGAUCCGACGACAGGCGCAGAGUCUCAAGCCCCGCAUCGCUGUUCGGAAGCAUGAAGCGACCGCGAUCACGGACCACAAUGCGCUUUGGUUAGAUUCAUGGCUCAGUCUGGUGCGCAGCAUCGAGAAGUACCUUCCCGACCUCGACAUGCCGUUCAACCCCAUGGAUGAAUCGCGGAUCGUGGUGCCUUCGGAAACCAUCGCCGAAUACCUGGCCCAGGAACGGGUCAGCCGACAGACGAUGCAAGAGAAGGAUCCGGCCGAGUUUAGCACCGAAUACACCGCGGCGAAGAAUGAAUCCCAGUCUGGGCAAUUCGAACCGCGCUUCCUGGGGCCCGGCGAUGGGCGGUUCUGGGACAUGGCUCGCGUCGGCUGCCCGCCCGACAGCUCGGCGCGCGACAGCCUCCCCAUCGAGCCGGCGACGGCCCUGCAAGUGGCGAUGGAAAACUUGCUGGCACACGCGCCGAAUGGCUAUGUGCGCAACUGGACCCGGUCCAAGGAUAUCUGCUGGCGCCCGGAGAUGCAGGCGCUCCACGGAACCUUUAUCGAGCCCGUGUCGAUCUCCACCGCGCACGAACUCUUUCCGCUGUUCGGAGGAUCGAAGCUGUCCGUCAACAAUGAGAUCCUCAUCCCGCCGGCGAUGUACUGGGCCCAGGACAAGCGAUACUCCGGCGGCAGCCAGCAUGGUGGCCCGUGGGAGUCCAAGAAAGACUCCCUGAUCUGGCGCGGCAUCGCAUCGGGCGGUCGCAACCGAGCCACCAACUGGACGGGGUUCCAGCGCCAUCGCCUAUUAGCUAUGUUGAACGGGACCUCCGUCGCGGCCGCCGAACGGAACCAUUCCCACUUUGUGAAUUUCCGGCUCCCCAGCUACGACGACUACCACCUGGCCGCGGGCCACGCCGGCCGCCUCCCCGAGUUCGUCGAGGACCAUGCGGACGCUGGCUUCAUCCACCUCGUGUGCUUCCCCUGCGUCCCGGGACAGCCCUGCGCGUACGAUCGCACCGACCCGCACUGCGCCUACACGGAACCAUACUUCGCCCUCGUCCCCGCCAUGCCCAUGGACCAGCAGUACGACGGCUACAAAUACCUGCCGGACAUCGACGGCAACUCCUUUAGCGGCCGGUACCGCGGCUUCUUAUUGUCGACGUCUCUGCCCAUCAAAGCCACCAUCUACGACGAAUGGCAUGACUCCCGUCUCAUCCCCUGGGCCCAUUUCGUGCCCAUGGACUCGACGUUCCCCGACGUCUACGGCCUCAUGGAGUACUUUAUCGGGUACGGCGGGCGGGGCCAUGACGAGGCCGCGCGCACGAUUGCCCUGGACGGCAAGGCGUGGGCGGAGAAGGUGCUUCGCCGGGAAGACAUGCAGAUCUACAUGUAUCGGUUGUUGCUGGAGUAUGCCCGGAUCUGUGAUGAUCGCCGGGAUACUCUGGGGUAUACCGCGGAUAUCUUACGAGUCGGGCAACGGACAUGA